GGAACGAGCUCACUAUAGCUGCUUGGAUCGCGGGAACUUGAUCCCGGCCCAGUAACCGUUGGCGAUACGCGAUAGCCAUCAACUUUGGAACAAUAACCGAGCAGCAAGAGCCAUGAGUCGUAAGAUCUACUUUUGUGGGAGUAUCAGGGGUGGCCGCCAAGAUGUGGGACUGUACGCCAAGAUCAUCAAGACGUUGGGCAGCUAUGGCCAAGUCUUGACAGAGCAUGUUGGGGAUGAUGACUUAGACAAAAAUGAAGACUUAGAUGACAAGGGAAUUCAUGACAGGGACGUUGAGUGGCUCCAAGGAUGUGACGCCGUCGUUGCCGAAGUCACGCAGCCAUCCAUGGGCGUCGGGUACGAGCUGGGCAGGGCAAGAGCCAUGGGGAAGAAGAUUCUCUGUCUCUUCCGGCCAGACACUGGCAAAUUACUUUCCGGGUUGGUGAAUGGAGCCGACAAUGGAGAAUCAUUCGCCAUCAAGAAUUACAAAGAAGAGGAGUACCCAGGCAUACUCAAGGAGUACUUUGAUCAAUUAUCAAAAGAAAAUGUGGAUGAACCAGUUGCAGCCAAGAAAAUGAAGAUGACUGAUGAUGGAGCAGACAAGGAGUCCCAGGACACUGAAAGUAGUCCCUCUAAAGAGAGGAAGGUCUACUUCUGUGGUAGCAUCACAGGGGGUCGACAAGAUGCCAGCAUCUACAGUAAGAUCGUUGAAGAGAUAAAGACUAGCUAUGGGCAGGUGCUCACAGAGAACGUGGCUAAAGAAGAUCCUAUCAUUGCUGUCAAUGGGCAGAAAGUGUCUGACAAAGAAAUCCACGAGAUGGAUAUGAAAUGGCUUCAGUCGUCCACAGAUGUGGUUGCGGAGGUGACACAGGUGUCCACUGGUGUUGGAUACGAGAUCGGCCGGGCAGUUGGAAUGAACAAGAGAAUACUGUGUCUUUACCGGUCACGAGAUAACUCACGAAUCUCGGCCAUGAUCAGUGGGGCUCACAAUGGGACUUCGUUCAUCGUCAAGGACUACAAGGUAGAGGAGUACGUAGCCGUCCUGAAGGAAUUCUUCCAAUAAACAAUCCCAGCUCAACAGAGGCAGUAACUGUGGAGAGAUUUUGACGCAGCACAGUUUAAAACCGUAGCUAGACUGGCUUGCAUCAAAGCCACGGUACUGAUAAGUGAUUGCUCUUAACGGGUCAAUGUUUGGUGCCGAUCUACUGGGUGUAGAUUGCAUCGGUGGUGUUCAGCAACAUGUUUUGAAAUGUUGAACUAUAGUUCGGCCAGAGCCACUUUUUAUUUCGGUAUUUUCAUGCUUCAUCAGGAAUUUCCUGGGAUAAUUAUGCCUAACUGUAAGACCUCCAUGCAUCAAACUAUGUAAUUCCACCAGCUUUGAACAAAGAUGUAUUUUUAUAAACUUCUUUUGAAUUUUAAAAGUGCACCAUGCUUAUUUCGGAGCUUAACUAUGGGGAAAAGUUGGAUUAAUAUAUGAUUUUAUAUUAUGUGCUCAAGAACAGGUUGAACAUAUUGGCCAACAUAUUAUCACAAACCUAAAUUUGUUAGACAGGUGUCGUGAUAGUUAUUUUGACAGUGAGAUAUACACACUUUAUAAGAAAGUACCAGCACAGUUGUGUGUGACAUUCAGAUCGUAAUGGAGAUUUUUUUCCUACAACCAGUGAAAGACCAUUUCUUACAUAGUCCUGUUUGCUUGUGACAGACUAGAAUGUUUCUUUUCUUCUGGUUGAUGUGAUGCGAUUCAGCACUUGGACCAGUUUGCAGCCAUUCAUGUCAUGUCUCCUACGCAGGCUGCUUUCAAAUCUCCUGUGGACAGUGCAGGCUGUCGAACACCAAUACUAUUCUUGAUUUCGUUGGUGUCGGAAGUGAUUUCACUGAGCUGGCAAGCAGAGAACAUUGAAUAGUCAAUUUUGAGCCAAGUCCGAGUGAGCAGAGAACCAGCCUCAAGUAAUGUGCUUUGCAUGGCACUUCGACUGGUAACCCAUUUUUGCCAAGCAUAUCUUCUGUGCCUUGCAAGCGUCUGUGUUCAGUAGCUCUACAGGUUGUACCCAAGAUACGGCCAAACUUUGUAUAAACAGAAGCAAUGGUGGUGACUGUCUUGUGUCGCUUAAAACCACAGAGCUCAGUCACAUUGGGAUUUAAUAAAGCACUAGUGCAGCUAUCAAAUCACAUGUACCUGUUCAACAGUGUUUCAUCUCAAGAACAAAAUCUUAAAGUGGAAGAUUUUUGUCUCUAGCACCAGAUGGUGGUCUUUAUUACACAAACAGACACACUGUAAACAACCAAAAUUUGCAGAUACACAAAGGCAAGUUGAAGACAAGAACAAAUCACGUAGGAAGUGCCCGAGCAAGUUCACUUCUUGGAGCACGAUGUAUAAGAUCUGUUUUAGGAAAACCAGAUUUUUGAAGCAAAUAAUCAGCUUGGCAUAAUCUCACCCUACAUCAUAACAUGAUUAAAACUGAAACCUCCACCAAAGGGAAUUUUUUACAAAUUCAUCAAUGCACUUGAGUAACUAAACAGACUGGGACAAGAAAAAGAUAAAUCCUUGAAAGUUCACUAUCUUCACACACUCUGGUAAGAAUCGCAAAGUUCACGUUGUACUUUCGUUAUAAAUAAAAAAUCGAAAAUUACAGGAUAUUACUGGUUAAGAAGGAUAUAAACCUACUGCACUUCCGCUUGCAGGCAAUCAGUAAUCAUACAUGAACAUGAAUAAUCAUAGUUUCUUUUCAGGACAACCCAAGCUGCUGAUUUUUUUCCCCAGGGCUUUCAAAAGCCCUUUCGUAAGUCCCUUCGCAAGUCCACUAACAAACUGCAUAAAUUGUUGGCAAGUUAUGAUUGCUGGAGACCCCAACAGGUCUUUACAGUAUCACAACUGUUUUACCUUCACACUUAAACUAAUUCACAAUUUCCCUUUUUUAUGAUAGCAGGUUCCUCUGGUGCUUUAGCAUGAGAAAUUGAGGCUUCUUUGAAUAGGGCCAUACCAUCUUUUGUAAUGGGGUGGGGGUUGGAGGCAAUGCUAUUCCGAGUCACAG